AUGGGUGAUGACCUGAAGGAUUCAGUUGUUACUUGCUGGAAAACAGUGCUUUAUAAUGUGCUCAUUGGGGUUGUCCUUAUUCUUAUCAUAAUUAUCACAAUAUGUGGCAAUGUAGUGGUUUGCCUGGCUGUUGGGUUUGACCGCAGACUCCGGAGUAUGACAAACUGUUUUAUUGUCUCAUUAGCUAUAACAGAUCUUCUGCUUGGCCUUGUGGUGUUGCCUUUCUCAGCUUUAGAUCUUUUAUAUGAAGAAUGGCCAUUUGGGGCAACCUUUUGCAAUAUUUAUACAAGCCUGGAUGUCAUGUUAUGCACAGCCUCUAUUCUAAAUCUUUUUAUGAUAAGCUUGGAUCGCUAUUAUGGUGUCACUGCUCCUCUUCGUUACUCAAUGUUUGUGACUCCUGCUCGGGUUGCCAUUGCCAUGGGAGUUAUAUGGGUAGUAUCACUUAUGGUAUCUUUUCUUCCAAUUCACCUCGGGUGGAAUACAAAGGAUAAGUUUGUCCAGAAUUAUAGAGACCAAAAUGACAAAAAAUGUAAAUUGGAGCUGAACAAAGAAUAUGUCUUAGUGGAUGGAUUACUAACAUUCUACCUCCCAUUGGUCAUCAUGUGUCUCAUGUACUACAGAAUCUUCAAAAUUGCCAGGGAGCAAGCCAAAAGGAUUAAUCAUGUCAACUGUAGCAAUGCUGUGAGCCCCACACUCCCUACAGUCCGAGAACACAAGGCAACUGUUACUUUAGCAGCUGUGAUGGGGGCUUUCAUUAUCUGCUGGUUCCCUUAUUUUACUGUUUUCACUUACCAAGGAGUUAAUGAGAUUGAGGUGGAUAAGACAGCCUUCCUAAUAGUUCUGUGGCUGGGGUAUGCAAACUCAGCACUGAACCCAAUCUUAUAUGCCGCCUUGAACAGAGACUUCCGAACAGCAUACCAGCGUUUGUUGCACUGCCGACGUGUGGGGCCUUUGAGCAAUGAGACACCACUGACUUUGCUUCACAUUCGACAUCCAGAAGAAACAAAUCCACAUAAUAUGCAAAAUAUACAGGAAGAGAAGCCACACGGUGUACGGGAAUGUAAUGGGAAGGAAACAAGCCUGUUCAUUAGAAAUACUGAGGAGAGGUAA